AUGUCUGUCUUGUUACAGCGGGUACCGCCAACGCGGGUGAGGUGCCCACUCGACCUUGGUUCCUGCUCCACGACGCGACGAGGAUAUCGUCGUGGCUAUGCGAUCCUCACUCAAUCCCAAUCAGCUUCACGACGAAAGGCCGCAGUACCUCCUUACCAGAAGAUCCUGAGGAAAUUCGAAGACGUGAGAACAACAUUGGGACUUAGGAAGCUCACCCUCGCCGAAAAGAUCCUCUACUCCCACCUCGACAAUCCUGACGAAUCGCUGUUGACCAACACCAACAAUGGCAAGAAUAUUCGAGGCAACGCCAACCUCAAGCUCAAGCCCGAUCGAGUUGCUAUGCAGGAUGCUUCUGCUCAAAUGGCAAUCCUCCAAUUCAUGACCUGCGGCCUGCCCUCCACCGCCGUACCUGCUAGUAUCCACUGCGACCACAUGAUUGUUGGUGAAAGGGGGGCGGACACAGAUUUACCGAAUUCAAUCGCGGGGAACAAGGAAGUUUUCAACUUUCUGGAGUCCGCAGCAAAGAGAUAUGGAAUUGAAUUCUGGCCUCCAGGCGCUGGUAUUAUACAUCAAACGGUGCUAGAGAACUACGCGGCACCCGGUCUGAUGAUGCUCGGCACAGACAGUCAUACACCGAAUGCCGGAGGACUGGGCGCGAUUGCAAUUGGCGUCGGUGGCGCGGACGCGGUGGAUGCCCUCGUUGAUGCUCCUUGGGAGCUCAAAGCUCCAAAGAUUUUGGGUGUUCGCCUGGAAGGUAAACUAAGUGGCUGGACAUCUGCCAAAGACGUGAUCCUCCACUUGGCAGGGAAGCUUACUGUUCGUGGCGGUACCGGUUUCAUCAUUGAAUAUCAUGGACCUGGAGUCGACACGCUCAGUUGCACCGGGAUGGCCACCAUCUGCAACAUGGGCGCCGAGGUGGGAGCGACCACCUCCAUAUUCCCAUUUUCUGAGAAUCACAUUCCAUACUUGCAGGCCACGGGGCGAGACUCGAUCAUCGAUGCUAUCAAGGGAAUUGCAUACGGGUCAGAACAAUACAACUUUCUACGUGCAGACAGUGGCGCGGAAUACGACCAAAUGAUCACCAUUAAUCUCUCGGGACUGGAACCACACAUCAAUGGACCAUUCACCCCAGAUCUGGCUACGCCCUUGUCCAAGUUCAAAGAUGCGGUCAAAAGCAAUAAUUGGCCUGAAACCUUCUCGGCCGGUUUGAUUGGCAGCUGUACCAACAGUUCGUAUGAGGACAUGACUCGCGCCGAAGACCUGGUCAAGCAAGCCCAUGCUGCUGGCCUGAGACCAAAAUCCGACUUCUUCAUUACUCCAGGAAGUGAGCAGGUCCGAGCCACGCUCGAAGACGGCAAAACGCUGGAAAUAUUUAUGGACGCUGGUGGCACCGUGCUGGCCAAUGCUUGUGGACCCUGCAUCGGGCAGUGGAAGCGCACCGAUGGGGUCAAGAAAGGCGACGAUAAUGCCAUUUUGUGCUCUUACAACCGCAAUUUUCCCGGCCGCAACGAUGGCAACCCUCGGACGAUGAGCUUUCUUGCUUCGCCCGAAAUUGUGACCGCCAUGUCAUAUGCUAGUUCAACCUCUUUCAAUCCAGUGUUGGAUGAAAUCCCGACGCCAUCGGGUAAGAAGUUCAAGUUCGAGCCCCCCAAAGGCGCCCAGUUGCCAGCGUCUGGUUUCUCCAUCGGCAAUCCUGCAUUCCUACCAUCCUCUGCUGAUCCAGACCCCAAUGUUCAAGUGGUUGUCGACCCGGAUUCUGACCGAUUGGCGCUCUUGGAGCCCUUUAAACCAUUCCCAGACGGUGAGCUGAAAGGACUGAAGGUCUUGUACAAGGUCAGGGGCCAAUGCACAACAGACACCAUAUCGGCCGCUGGCCCGUGGCUCAAGUACAAAGGCCAUCUCCCAAACAUUGCCGAAAACACGCUGAUUGGUGCUGUCAAUGCGGCCACGGGAGAAAUCAACGUCGCGUACGACAGUGACGGCUCAAAAAUGUCUAUCCCCGAGCUCGCCAAAAAAUGGAAAGGACAGGGUCAGCAUUGGCUAGUCGUGGCCGAAGACAAUUACGGCGAAGGAUCCGCAAGAGAACAUGCUGCACUACAACCAAGGUACCUGGGAGGCCAAAUCAUUCUGGCCAAGAGCUUUGCACGCAUCCACGAAACCAACUUGAAGAAGCAGGGGGUGGUCCCAUUGACUUUUGCCACCAAGGAAGAUUACGAUCGACUUGAUGCAUGCGACCAAGUAGACACGGAAGGUCUUUGGGACGCCCUGCAGAACCACGGUCAGGGCGAAAUCACUCUCAAAGUCACGAAGAAAGAUGGAGAAAGCUUCACGAUCGCCGUCAAGCACACUUUGAGCAAGGACCAGUGCGGAUUCAUCCUUGCGGGUAGUGCACUGAACCUUCUUUCCAAGCGCCACCAAGCCGAGUGA